AUGUCGUCCGACAAGAUCCCGGCGUACCAUCAGGAGAAUGUCGACACAAUUUCGACCUCCACUCCAACCAGUGACCCAGAAAAGGUCUACGAAGACGCAGCCGUCGGUGCCAAUCUUGAGCUGGACGAGAGUGCAUUACCGCCUGGGUAUUUCCGCUCUAAGUUCUUCGUAGGGACGAUGGCAGGCAUCGGGUUGGGCCUGUGUGCUGGUGUUGCAGCAUUCGGAUAUGCAGCACCAAUACUAGGUAUCAUCAAUGCAGACAUUGGGCCGGAUCCAAACAUCACGUGGGUCGCCCUCGCCUACACGCUCACUUCGGCUGUCACCCUCACCAUCAUUGGACGGGUUUCCGACAUUUUUGGACGUCGCUGGGUUUUUGUUGGAGGUGCCGCCCUUGGUGUUGUUGGCAGUAUCAUUGCAGCGACUGCGGAAAGUGUCAACACUCUCAUUGGUGCAACUACCAUCUUGGGUAUCGCUGCCGCUACGCAACUCUCGUACUUCUAUGUCAUGGGCGAGCUCGUCCCCAUGAAGUAUCGCCUUGCUGGAAACGCUUUCUGUUAUCUUUUCUGUAUACCAGGAUCUGGAAUCGCUCCCCUCGUCUCGAACGCAUUCAUUGUGUACCAGCCGAAGGUUGGGUGGCGCGGCUGCUACUACGUGCUCAUCGGUAUCGAACUCGCGUCGUUCCUCUGCUGGUUUUUCUUUUACCACCCUCCAACGUUCCACAUGAAGCAUGGACAGCAAGCUUCCGUGGUCGAGUACAUCAAGAAAUUCGACUACGUCGGCACCACACUGUAUACGGGAGGCCUCCUCAUCUUCAUGAUGGGGCUGAGCUGGGGAGGUUCAGUAUAUCCUUGGGCAUCCGCCUCCGUCAUCGCGACCAUUGUGAUUGGGUUCGUUGCGCUGGUUGCGUUCGUGCUCUGGGAAUGUUUUAUGGACCUGAAGGAGCCGCUGGUGCCGAUGCACAUCUUCUCCAACUACUCCUGGAAUGCGUCCGUCCUCCUGACUGGACUAGGCGCAUCCGUCUACUAUGCCUUUGCGAUUGUGUGGCCUUCCAUGGUGGCUGUUCUGUAUAGCGAUGGUGGAAUCAUGGCAAGCGCGGCCCUGUCCUCGUUCGUUGGGUUGUUCAUUACAAUCGGGCAGAUUGUGGGCGGCUUCGUGGGUAAGAAGAUCGGGCAUCUGAAAUGGCAAUGCGUAAUCGGGAUCACGCUCGGAGCGAUCUGCUUUGGCUCGAUGGCGACGUGCGGUGUAGGCACCAAGGCGAGAGCUUCCGCGCUUGUAGGUGUAGGCGUUUUCUUCAUCGGGUGGACUGAGGGUGCCGCGAUCACGAUCGUUACGCUUGCGGCCAAAGACCAGUUCGCGUUGGGCACAUCGGCUGGCGUGGCAGGUUCGAUCCGCUUCCUCAUCUCAUCCAUCGCCUCCACUGUGUACUCGGUCAUCCUGGCCAACCGUUUGGCAACCACUAUUGCAGCUCAGGUCCCAUCUGCCGUGAUUGCUGCUGGACUUCCAACCUCUUCUGUCGCCACGUUCAUCUCGGCGUUUUCCGUCGGAGCUUCUGCGUUCGAAGGCAUCCCAGGGUUGACGCCAGAUAUUCUCGCGAUCGGAACAAGCGCUUACCAGCAUGCAAACGUAGACGCAUACCGGACCGUGUUCUUCUCAAACAUCGCCUUCUCUGGUGUGGCAAUUAUCUGCAGUUUGCUCCUCCCGAAUGUAGACCAUUUGCUCACGGGUCAGGUGGCCGCAACGCUGCACGAGGGACGAGAUGAGGACCACAUCGCGGGCGAGAAAGCGUAA